CACAGGUGCUGAAAGAGACUCUGAGGAUUUACCCGCCAGCUCCAGGUACAACUCGAGACGUGCCCUAUGACUUCGUCAUUGACGGUAUCCGUGUACCUGCAGGAGCCACGUAUUUUUUCAACUCUUACGUGUGUGGGAGAAUGGAAAAAUUCUUCAAGGACCCGCUGACAUUUGAUCCAGACAGAUUUCACCCAGAUGCUCCAAAGCCUUAUUACUGCUACUACCCGUUCGCCCUCGGCCCACGCUCGUGCCUGGGACAGACCUUUGCUCAGAUGGAGGCUAAAGUGGUGAUGGCCAAGCUGCUGCAGAGGUUUGACUUCAGCCUCGUGCCGGGACAGACCUUUGACGUCGAGGACACCGGCACGCUCCGGCCAAAGAGUGGAGUGGUGUGCUCGGUCAGACACAGGAAUCACAAGAAAUAAAUGCUCGGACGCUUCCAU